AUGGUGAAGACAACCAAGAAACCACAAGCUUCUACCACAGAUACUGACCAAUCAACAUCAAGCACCAAAGGGAGGAAGAGAAAGGCCCCUUGUCAACCCAGGGCCAGUGUCAAGGUGCCGAAGACAACUGAGGGGGCCCAAAGACCCCUUCAACGAAGUGUGAGAAAAAAAGCCCCUCCCAAAACUUCUGCCCACCCAAGAGUGCCUAAGAAAACUAAAGGGCCAAUACUAUUCGGCCAUUAUCACAGGUUCAAUAAGAAAUUGAAUCAAAACGAGUCAUGCAAAGGCCAAGAGAACCUCACGAGGUCCACCACAUCAAGCGAUGACCAGAGCUCCCAGUGA